AUGUCGUUAACGCCCACCACUGGACGCAAGUGCGGAAAUACACACGGUGACGCUUUUCGUCGUACCAACGGCGAGCCCACAGCGGAGGUUUACGUGCUAUCUGUCGCGCCUCGCACGGCGGACGGAGAAGCGUCUUCGGAGCGCCGCAACGACUUGGCUCAGCCGGCGGACGGCUCCAUCCGACUGCAUCCGCAUUUCCAGGUGGUGUGUGGCGAGGAAAUCCGCGCGUUGUUGUUACGGGCGCACGCGGCGCCGCAGCCGCAGCCGCCGGCGAAAGUGCACACCCAGGUGGACUACAUCCAUUGCUUGGUACCGGACCUCCAGCAGAUCACGGCGUGUUCGUUCUACUGGGGCAAGAUGGAUCGCUACGAGGCGGAGCGGCUGCUGGAUAACAAGCCCGAGGGCACGUUCCUCCUCCGCGACUCGGCGCAAGAGGAGCACCUAUUCUCCGUCUCGUUCCGCAAGUACGGCCGCUCGCUUCACGCGCGCAUCGAGCACUAUCAGCAUCGGUUCAGCUUUGAUUCCCACGAUCCCGCUGUUUUCGCCGCGCCUACUGUCACUGGGCUUAUUGAGCAUUAUAAGGAUCCGGCGUGCGUGAUGUUCUUCGAGCCGAUGCUGACGGCGCCGCUGCCGCGCGCGGCGCCCUUCCCGCUGCAGCAGCUGGCCCGAGCUGUGAUCGUCUCGCACACCACCUACGACGGUGUGGAGAAGCUGCCGCUCCCUCUGCGCCUGCGAGCAUACCUCAAGGAGUACCACUACCGGCUGCGGGUGCGCGUGCGGCGCCUUGAGCCCGACCUGUUCCCGCCGCACUGCUGAGGCGCCGCCUGCGCGCUGCCGCACUGCCAGCGCGCCGCGCUGUGGCGCUGACACAACCGCUGUCUGCUGUCCAGGCUGUCUGAGAAGACAGCGCUCGACUGGAUGGCUAGACACUGUUUUUAAACUGGCGCUGGACUGAUGGACACUGUGUGUUAAUGAGUGAUAACUGUGCGACUUAGUGAUAACCCCUUAAAACGCCUUGUGAGACUUAGUGACAACCCCUUGUGCGACUUAGUAAUAACCCCUUGAGCGACUUAGUGACAACCCCUUGUGCGACUGACCGAUAACCCCUUGCGCGACUUAGUGACAAACCCCUGUGCGACUGUAUGAGCGAGUGACAUCACACCUGUUCCCGCCGCACUGCUGAGGCGCCGCCUGCGCGCUGCCGCACUGCCAGCGCGCCGCGUUGUGGCGCUGACACAACCGCUGUCUGCUGUCCAGACAGUCUGAGAAGACAGCGUUGGACUGGAUGGCUAGACACUGUCAAUAAACUGGCGCUGGAAAUGAGUGACUUAGUGAUUACCCCUUGUGCGGCUUAGUGAUAACCCCUUGUGCGGCUUAGUGACAACCCCUUGUGCGACACCCCAUGUGCGACUAACGGACAACUCCAUAAGAGACUGAGUGACAGAAACUUGUGCAAUUGACUAUCCUGUUCCCGCCGCACUGCUGAGGCGCCGCCUGCGCGCUGCCGCACUGCCAGCGCGCCGCGCUGUGGCGCUGACACAACCGCUGUCUGCUGUCACGGAGUGCCAGCAGCUGUGUCGAUGAGCUACGAUUUCUAGUCGGUUAACUGUGCGACUAUAAACCGGCGCUGGACUGUGUAAAUGAGUGAUAACUGUGCGACUUAGUGAUAACCCCUUAAAACGCCUUGUGAGACUUAGUGACAACCCCUUGUGCGACUUAUAGACAUCCCCUUGUACGACUGUGUGAGAGAACCUUGUGCCACUGACUAUCCGAAGUAAUGGUGCUGAUAAGCUACAUUGGACUGCUGCGUGACUUAUACUACGACUAUUAUAGACAACCCCCUGUGCGACUGUAUGAGUGAGUGACAUAACACCUGUUCCCGCCGCACUGCUGAGGCGCCGCCUGAGCGCUGCCGCACUGUCAGCGCGCCGCGCUGUGGCGCUGACACAACCGCUGUCUGCUGUCACGGAGUGCCAGCAGCUGUGGGAAAAGUACGCUGGACUGGCUGGCUAGACACUGUCUAUAAACUGGCGCUGGACUAUGUUAAUGAGUGAUAACUGUGCAAUUGAGUGACUUAAUGAUAACCCCUUGUGCAUCUACUGAGUGACUUAGUGACAACCCCUUGUGCGACUUAGUGAUAACCCCUUAAGCGACUGUCGGAUAACCCCUUGUGCGACUUAAUGACAGACCUUUCUGCCAGCGCGCCGCGUUGUGGCGCUGACACAACCGCUGUCUGCUUUCUGUGCCCCAAGCAGACGAAAUAAUGGCGCUGAUAAGCUGCAUUGGACUGCUGGCCACUGUCUGAAAAAAAAGUGCGACUUAGUGACAACCCCUUGUGCGACUGACGGGUAACCCCUUGUGCGACUUAUAGACAAACCCCUGUGCGACUGUAUGAGUGAGUGACAUAACACCUGUUCCCGCCGCACUGCUGAGGCGCCGCCUGCGCGCUGCCGCACUGCCAGCGCGCCGCGCUGUGGCGCUGACACAACCGCUGUCUGCUGUCCAGACACGCUGG